UUAGGCGCUCAGUACAGACGAGGGGCAACUGUACAGUUCAGAGGACCCUGCAUGUGUGAGUGUGUUAAUGUGUGUGUGAGGGGCAUGUGUGAGUGUGUGUAUGACUGCGGGCUCACUUUAUCUUCAAGUGUCUCUCGCGAGCGAUAUUAAAGGAUUUUGUCCGGAUAAAGCCUCAGAGGAGUCGCGUUUGAACCUCACAACACCUGAGAUCUGAUGCUUCCCGCCAUCACCAUGGAAACAGAGGCCAGUCACAUGCUGGAGGCGGCACUGGAGCAGAUGGAUGACAUCAUCGCAGGAUCGAAAGCAGCAGCGGUGGAGUUUUCUAACAGCAUGUAUGACCUGGGUUCUCCAGUCAGCGCCGGUCCUCUGCAGGUGGUUCAGUUAGCUGAGGACCUCAAACUUGCCUUGGAGCUUCAACCCAACCAGGACGAGAGAGAAAGCCUUAGAGCACAAUUACCUCCAGAAACAGCACAGAUUCUCACAGACUGGCUACAGAGCGGUGCUGUGAACCUGUGUUCUCCAGCCAACAAUGAAACCUAUCAAGAACGACUGCUCCGCCUAGAAGGAGACAAGGAGUCUCUGGUACUACAGGUGAGUGUUCUGACUGACCAGGUGGAGGCCCAGGGGGAGAAGAUCAGAGACCUAGAAAGUUCUCUGGAGGAACACCGGCUUAAACUGGCCUCCACAGAGGAGAUGCUGCAACAGGAGCUGAUAAGCAGGACCUCUCUGGAGACUCAGAAGCUGGAUCUGAUGGACGAGGUGUCCUACCUCAAACUGAAGCUGGUCAGCAUGGAGGAAACACACACCAACACACACCCGCAGGAUCCCACGGAGAAAGAGCAGAAUAAAGCCGAGUGUGUGGUAAAUUUCAUCAGUGAGCUUCAGGAGCAGAUGUGCAGGUUUCAGGAGGAGAUCAGCACUCGUAUCCAGGAGAAACGGGCCCUGGAGGAGAGGGAGGCCCAGCAGGGGGAGCCCGGAGGCAGCCAAGCCCAGGGCCACGGCCCUCAGGUCGGGUUAGCCAGCUCAGACCUGAGCCUGUCUGGCUCUGACGCCCAGAUGUACAAUGGAGGACUGAAUGUACACGAUUUGCUUUUAGAAGUGAAGCAGCUGAAGAGCAAAGUGGAGGAACUGGAGGGAGAGAAGGGCCAGUAUGAGAGGAAACUAAGAGCCACCAAGGCAGAGAUAUCCGAGCUGCAGCAGCUCCUGGCCUCCAAAGAUGCUGAGAUCGAAUGCCUGCAGACCCAGCUGCUGGCCAGAGGUGGCACAGCCAGUGACACAGAGAGAGACCAAGAAUACCAGAGGCUGAAGGUGGGGAUGGAGUCUUUGUUGGCUUCAAAUGAUGAAAAGGAUCGACGAAUCGAGGAGCUGACCAUUCUGCUUGGUCAGUACAGAAAGAUGAGGGACGUCAUGGCACUCACACAGGGGAGCAGUGAAGAGGAGCUGAGUGGCAGUUUAAGGCUCAGAGCCAUCACACACAAAGCACACUCUGAUAUUGUCAGGUCAGAGAUUUCAUCAAGAGGGUCUUCUCCACUUAUGCUAUCUUCAUCUCCUUACCAGAGAGACUUGGACUCUAGUAUCCAGAACUCUAUGGACACAUCACUGUUGUCCACUGGGGAUACAAGCUUCUUUAACGGAUCGUGGCAUCAGCGCAGGUUGCUUUCCAGCAGUCUUGAAGAGUUGCAGAGUGGAUCCUUACAAAAGAGUCCUCACAUGGAGCUGAGCAAGUACCAGACUCUGCCAGGGAAACUAAAAAGUAAAAAGAGCGAGCUGAGGGCUGAGCUAAACGGUGACAGAGACAGAGAUGGAGAGUAUUUAUCUCCUGUGCAGCUCUCUCCUGUCCACAGCCACGACCAGGACUACACUCUCAUUCGCUGCAGGAGUGCCAGUGCUCCGGCUUUAGGAUCUCCCGGAAAACAUGACCUCUAUGAUGUUGGGCAUCCGGAGAAGCUCGAGGAGUGUGUUCUGUCAGACCAGUCCCCACUGUCCUCUGGAGUGGACUCUGGACAGCAGUCCCCUGUCUCACCAGAGAACAGGAAGACUCACAGAGGCAUCAAGAAACUCUGGGGGAAGAUCCGUCGCAGUCAGUCAGGUAGUCCUGCCCAGGUUCAUGACCCCGAACUAGGAGAGUUCAAGAGGGGAGGAUUCAGAGCCACAGCUGGACCGAGAUUGGCCCGUUCAGGGAACACACGAGACCUGAAGAUGCCUUUUAGUAAGUGGAGCACAGAGCAGGUGUGUGACUGGCUCGAGGAAAUUGGACUCGGUCAGUACGGCAUCCUGGCUUGUCAGUGGGUCUCCAAUGGUGAUACGCUACUGUCUGCCACCCCACAAGACUUGGAGAAGGAUCUAGCAAUGAAGAAUCCGCUCCACAGGAAGAAGCUGCAGUUAGCCAUCAAGACGAUCAGCAGCAAGCAGCCUGAGAAGUCUGCAGAGCUCGAUUACAUCUGGGUCACUCGUUGGCUUGAUGACAUCGGACUUCCUCAGUACAAAGACCAGUUUAAUGAAGGAAGAGUGGAUGGGCAGAUGCUGCAGUACCUCACUGUGAACGACUUGUUAUUCCUUAAAGUAACCAGCCAGCUGCAUCACCUCAGCAUUAAGUGCGCCAUUCAUGUUCUUCAUGUCAACAAGUUCAACCCCAACUGCCUCAAACGCAGGCCUAGCAAUGAGAGCCAGUUUGCUCCCAGUGAGGUGGUCCAGUGGUCCAACCACCGAGUCAUGGAGUGGCUGAGAUCGGUGGAUCUGGCAGAGUACGCACCAAACCUGAGAGGCAGCGGCGUACACGGAGGGCUGGUGAUGCUGGAACCUCGGUUUAACUCAGACACGCUGGCCAUGCUGCUGAACAUUCCUCCUCAGAAAACACUGCUGAGACGCCACCUAACCACCAACUUCAACAACCUGGUGGGAGCACAAGCUCAUCAGGAGAAGAGGGAGUACACCGAGGCAGCAGGGUACUCCCCACUUAACAUCACAGCUAAAGUUAAGCCGAAGAAGUUGGGCUUCUCUAACUUGACUCACCUCAGGAGGAGGCGGCCAGAUGAAUCCACAGACUAUGUCUGUCCAGUCGAGUCGUCCUCGCCUCAGUCCGGACAGUCUGCAGUGAACGGGGUGCAGGUGCGGCCCUAUGCUGGCUUCAGAGGCCUGAGCCCGAUCCUGGACAGAGACCCCGACCGCACCAGGGACCAGGUGGGGCUCGACAACAGCAGAGCUGACCCAUCUCCAUGACAACAGCUGUGACGACAGCCAAUCAGCAGUCACUGCCACUACUCUGCUUCCUUUGCUUGCAGCCCAUAAUACCUCAGCCCAUCCCCUCCCUGCUCCUCUAAACCCCGCCCAUCAGCCCGACCCUGUGCCUUACGAGUGAAGAGAUUCAGAGACGCCCAGAUAAACCUGCCUGACUGUAUAACAGUCACAGCUGCUUGUCAUGAAGGGUGCACUGAGACCAUGAAUCUACACACUUGAAGUAUUUUGAUUUCAUAUCCAAUCAGAUGCCUAACUAACCCGACCUCUGCCUCAAACCUGUGCCAUGAUCUAACUCAUCAGGAGAGAACACAGCAUCUCUCUGGACUUCACUUCCUGUGAUAUCACUUCCUGUAAUCCAUACACACUAUAUGGAUAUCUCUUGUUGUACAGUAUUAAGCCAUUGCUCUAACAUUUGUGCACCACCAUUAGAUGAUUUUAUAUGUGUGUGAGUCUGUCAUUGCAUCACUUACAACUUUGAUUUUCCAGUUUAAUACAGUUGUGUCGUGUGCUUGAGAUAAACUUGUGCAAUAUUUGCAUAAUAUUAUGGAGGGCCUUUAUUUAAUAUUUAUGUCAUUGCAGAGCAAAUUAUAAAAUAGCAUGUUUAGUUUGAACCUGAGGUGGUGAUUUUGUACUGUUAUUUUCAUAUUUGCUGUAAUAGUAUUUUUAUAGUAAAGAAAAUCCUGCUCCGCUAACGGAAGCUUAAAACAUGUGGUCAUGUAAAUGUAAAAAGAUUUAUCAAAUCAUUUAAUAAACAAAAUCAUACGUG